GGGUACAAAGGUGUCAAGUUCCAAAAUUGGGCCAGGACAUACGGCUGUUGCCCGGAGAUGUACUACCAGCCCACGUCCGUGGAGGAGAUCAAAGAGGUGCUGGCCCUGGCCAGGCAGCAGAAUAAGCGGGUGAAGGUGGUGGGCGGCGGCCACUCGCCCUCGGACAUCGCCUGCACCGAUGGCUUCAUGAUCCACAUGGGCAAGAUGAACCGGGUCCUCCAGGUGGACACAGAGAAGAAGCAGGUGACUGUGGAGGCCGGCAUCCUCCUGGCUGACCUGCACCCACAGCUGGACAAGCAUGGCCUGGCCUUGUCCAACCUGGGAGCCGUGUCAGACGUGACUGCAGCUGGCGUCAUUGGGUCCGGAACGCACAACACGGGGAUCAAGCACGGCAUCCUGGCCACCCAGGUGGUGGCGCUGACCCUGCUGACGGCCGACGGGACCAUUCUUGAGUGCUCCGAGUCCAGCAACGCAGAGGUGUUCCAGGCCGCGCGCGUGCAUCUGGGCUGCCUUGGAGUCAUCCUCACCAUCACCCUGCAGUGUGUGCCCCAGUUCCACUUGCAGGAGACCUCCUUCCCCUCAACCCUGAAAGAGGUUCUUGACAACCUAGACAGCCAUCUGAAGAAAUCCGAAUACUUCCGCUUCCUCUGGUUCCCGCACAGCGAGAAUGUCAGCAUCAUCUACCAGGACCACACCAACAAGCCCCCCUCCUCUUCAGCCAACUGGUUUUGGGACUAUGCCAUUGGAUUCUAUUUACUGGAGUUCCUGCUCUGGAUCAGCACCUUUCUGCCGGGCCUCGUGGGCUGGAUCAAUCGCUUCUUCUUCUGGCUCCUGUUCACCGGGAAGAAGGAGAACAGCAACCUCAGCCACAAAAUCUUCAGCUACGAGUGCCGCUUCAAGCAGCACGUCCAGGACUGGGCCAUUCCCAGAGAGAAGACCAAGGAGGCCCUGCUGGAGCUGAAGGCCAUGCUGGAGGCCAACCCCAAGGUAGUGGCCCACUACCCCGUGGAGGUGCGCUUCACCCGGGGGGACGACAUCCUGCUGAGCCCCUGCUUCCAGAGGGACAGCUGCUACAUGAACAUCAUCAUGUACAGGCCCUAUGGAAAGGAUGUGCCACGGCUGGACUACUGGCUGGCCUAUGAGACCAUCAUGAAGAAGGUCGGGGGCAGGCCCCACUGGGCCAAGGCCCACAACUGCACCCGGAAGGACUUUGAGAAAAUGUAUCCUGCCUUUCCAAAGUUCUGUGCCAUCCGAGAAAAGCUGGACCCCACUGGGAUGUUCCUGAAUGUGUAUCUGGAGAAGGUGUUCUACUGAAGCAGAAACAGAAAAUAAGUCAAGCCCGCCCCAUCCCAUCCCCCAGGCCCACCUCUGAUGAGGUUAAAGGUUCAGUGUCCCCCUGGCCUGAUGGGAGCAGACUUCUCCCCCAGAGCCCUCUGCUACAGCACCCACAGCUGCUCCGACCCACAGUGAUGAGCCUGGAUCUGGGCAAGCCCCCACCCCUCUCCUACCUCCUUUAUCCUCACAGCAAACCAUGCAAGGGAGAGCACUCAAAUCCCCAUUUACCCCUCCACGUGGCAUCCUCUUUCCCUGAGCCUACGAUCACCACAUCCUGUUUUCCCAGGAGAUAGAGAAGCCCCAAAGUGUUAAGUUUGUCUAGGAGGUUAGAGAUUCCGUCAUUCGCAGGUUCCACCUGCCAGCUGGGCGUCUGCAGCUCCAGGGGUCCUCUCUCCAGGCCUCCUGGGAAGGGGCCCACUGACACGUGUUUGGGCACAGAAGUCAUGUGUACUGUGCUCCGCUUUAUUUCACUCUCGAGGGUCUUUCCAAUGCUCAGGUGAGCCCCCUGCCCUGGGACUGCCCUCUUCCAGAUGGGUCCAUCUGUUCAUCUGACCUCGCACAGCCUGACCUUCAGCAUGUGUAUUUCAGGGGAUGUUUAGGGAGUGGGACUCUCCUUGUCUUCUCCUCAAUAAAGGUCAAGACUUGAUU